AUGUGGCUUCUCGGACUGCAAGUACAGUCAGCCUUACUAAGUAGCUCUGUCGAUGCAAAGCUGAUUGAAACAGGAAAUGGCUUGCAAGAUUUAGUCACUUGGGACAAGCAUUCAGUAUUUGUUAGAGGCGAGCGAAUCAUGAUUUUCUCGGGUGAAUUUCACCCUUUCCGACUUCCAGUUCCAGGUCUGUGGCUCGAUGUGUUUCAGAAGAUUAAAAGCAUGGGCUUCAAUGGAGUAUCUUUCUACGUCGACUGGAGCCUUGUCGAAGGUAAUCCGGGACAGGUUGUCACCGAAGGAAUAUGGAAUCUUGAUAAAUUCUUCGAUGCCGCUACCGAAGCUGGAAUAUACCUUAUCGCUCGCCCUGGGCCGUACAUCAAUGCAGAGACGACAGCGGGAGGACAACGGAAAAAUAUAUGUCAACAAUGGGCCGAAUUAUCGAGAGAGCACAGAUCACCCACGGGGGGCCCUGUGAUCAUGGUUCAACCUGAGAACGAGUACGCAACAUGGCCCGAUGUAUCUGAAGAGGAAUUUCCGACCCAAAUGAACCGGGAAUACAUGAAAUAUGUCGAAAAGCAGCUGCUAAAUACUGGCAUUACUGUCCCUCUCAUCGUGAAUGACAAUAAGGCCUUGGGCUACUGGGCUCCAGGGUCCGGCCUUGGAGCGACAGAUAUUUACGGAAUUGACUCGUACCCUUUGCGUUACGACUGCGGUAAUCCAACAUUCUGGCCUACUUAUAGAUUCCCUUAUGACUGGCAAGCUCUUCAUGAAAAGUACAGUCCAAACACACCCUUUUCCAUCGUCGAGUUUCAAGGAGGGUCAGGCGGAGGAUGGGGAGGCGUCGUCGAGGAUAAAUGCGCUGAACUCGUGAACGAAGAGGCCGUCCGAGUGGUUUACAAAAAUAAUUAUGGAUUUGGCGUUAAGAUAUUCAAUAUUUACAUGACUUUUGGUGGUACAAACUGGGGAAAUCUUGGCUACCAAGGAGGUUAUACCUCUUAUGAUUACGGCGCAGCCAUCACCGAAGCAAGGGGCAUCUCGCGUGAAAAGUACAGCGAGCAGAAAUUGGAAGCAAACUUCCUGAAGGUUUCACGAGCAUACUUGACAGCAACGCCAGGAUUCGGUUUCAAUGGUUCCUACGGGGCUCCAGCUUCCAUCGCUGUAACCCCACUCCGUGGAAACGACACACAAACGAACUUCUACCUAGUAAGGCACGCCAACUUCAGCUCUACUAGCAACACCAAAUAUACACUGCAUCUACCCACAAGCAUUGGAAACAUCAGCAUACCACAGCUUGGUGGCCACCUCAAUCUCAACGGGCGAGAUUCCAAGUUCCACGUUACAGAUUAUAAUCUGGACGGCAUUAAUCUGAUAUACUCUACAGCUGAGAUAUUCACAUGGGCACGCGGAGCGGGUUCGGCACGUGUACUGAUUCUUUACGGCGGAGCAGGCGAGCUUCAUGAGUUUGCUUUGUCUCGUCAUCUUGGAAAUCCGACUGUUGUUGAGGGUUCCGACGUCACCCUCACUCCGAAAGGCCAAGCAUGGGUGAUACAAUGGCAGGUCAAGCGAGAACGCCGCAUAGUGCGCGUUUCUGAUCUCGAGAUACACCUUCUUUGGCGAAACGAGGCUUACGAAUAUUGGCCAUUGGAAUUGGCCGCUGAAGAGCCGAUCGGCAAUUUUUCUUCGCCGUCUAAGGAUAUGGUCAUCGUGAAGGGCGGAAAUCUCAUUCGCUCCAUUUGGAUUGAGGAUCAGACGAUUCGAGUUACAGGCGACAUCAAUGCCACAACAGAGAUUGAGGUAAUUUCUGCUCCGAUGCGCAACUUGAAAACUAUCAUUUUCAAUGAAAAUGAAGUGCAGACUUCGCGCACAAAGUCGGGAAAAUUGACAGCAACGCUGGAGUACAACCCUCCCAAAAUCAAAAUACCAAGUCUAGCCAACUUAGACUGGAAGUUCCUUGAUUCAUUACCCGAAAUAAAACCCGGCUAUGACGAUUCAAAAUGGACACCCUGCUCGAAGAAGACCACAAACAAUCCUAGAGGUCUGGAUACUCCUACGAAUCUGUAUUCUAUGGACUAUGGAUUCCACACCGGAUCGUUGAUCUAUCGUGGCCAUUUUGUUGCAAAUGGAAUGGAAUCAUUAAUUUCAUUAAAUGUGUCAGGUGGAACUGGCUUCGGACAUUCCAUCUGGCUGAAUGAAACAUUCCUUGGAUCCUGGACCGGGAGUGGCUCAAAUACCACCGCGAUUCAAAAUCUGCAGUUUCCCAAUAAUCUCUCUGCUGGGCAGUCUUAUGUGCUGACCAUUUUGAUUGACGAUAUGGGCCAAGAUGAGGAGGCCCCCGGUACUGAUGCAAUCAAGUUUCCGCAUGGUAUCCUCAGCUACCAGCUGCUAAACCAUAGCCAAACUGAUAUUUCGUGGAAAGUUACGGGAAAUCUUGGCGGCGAACAGUAUCAUGAUCUCGCCAGAGGACCUCUAAACGAAGGUGCCAUGUAUGCCGAGAGGCAAGGCUAUCAUAAUACGAAGCCGCCAGCCUCGAAAUGGCUUUCAUCUAGCCCAAUAAAAGACGGAAUUGCAACAGCCGGCGUUGGAUUUUUCACUACAUCUUUCAGUCUAGAUAUUCCCCAAGGAUGGGACGUCCCGAUGAGCUUUGUGUUCAAUGGAUCUGCAGCGGAAUCACCUGAAUCCGGCAGUUUUGGAUCAAAUUACCGAUGCCAGCUCUUUGUGAACGGGUAUCAGUUUGGCAAAUAUAUCAACAAUCUCGGCCCACAGGUAUCCUUUCCGGUACCAGAAGGGAUUUUGAACCACAACGGGUUGAACUAUAUUGCAUUAACUCUCUGGGCACAAGACGAGCAAGGUGCCCAGCUCGUAAAUCUUGAACUGACCCCCACGGCUGUAACCCGCUCAGGUUACACGAAGCCGGAUCCUGCCCCACAGCCUUCUUGGGUGUCGCGCCAGGGGGCCUACUAG